AUGCUUUCACGACGUAAUAAUCGCGACGCUUCCUUUCUUUCCCCCGGCGGCUACGACGAGGAUGCCGAGUCGCUACGUUCCCCCUCAGAGCAGGACUCUGACUCCGAAGACGACGAAUUCCUCCGCCGAUCUCGAACCACUCUAGAACUUGCAGAACACGAUCGCACGGUUCUAGACGAUGAAGAAGAGACCGAAAAGCUGUUGACCAGAAGCGGUCCGACUCAUGGCCUCCGCCGCAUUUUUAGCCCCAAUAGCAGCAGUGUCCGGAUCGGGAAGCAGGAACGCAGGCGACAAAGGAGGCAAGCCAGGAAGGAUGCGCGCAGAGGGCGUCUGAGAAACUCGCGAGAAUCAGCAGAGAUGCUGUUCGAGAUGGAAGAGGGCCACCCGGACGAUGAGAGCUCUCUCUUGAGUUCCUCCUCAUCGGACCUGGACCGUCGGCUCAAGGAUUACACAUCCGCCCCACCACCGCGUGUUUCAUGGCGUCGGCUCUUGUUGAUCUUCUCCACCGUCCUGGUUCUCUUCUUCAUACUCCUAUUAGGUGCCUACAAGGCAUCAACGAAAUUUCGAGCCUCACAUUCCUCGAAACGUUUCUUAUCCAACGGCACCGCUCUUUUUGCGCCAACUACAAUCCUCAUCUCUCUUGAUGGCUUUCGUGCGGACUUUUUGAACCGGGGCUUGACCCCGGCCCUCAAUUCCUUGAUCGCGAACGGUGUCUCUCCGCAAUACAUGCUGCCCAGCUUUCCUAGUGUGACAUUCCCGAACCACUUCACCCUCGUGACUGGACUAUAUCCCGAAAGUCAUGGAAUCGUUGGAAACACAUUCUGGGACCCAGAUAUGGAGGAUGAGUUCUACUACACCCACCCCAGCGUUAGCAUGCAGCCUAAAUGGUGGAAUGCCGAGCCUCUUUGGAUGACGGCUGAGAACCAGGGCGUAAAGGCUGCCAUUCAUAUGUGGCCAGGUUCGGAAGCACAUAUCGGUGGUGUCGAGCCAACAUUUCUCGAUCGCUACAAUGGCUCCGAAGCACUUUCGCGAAAAGUUGACCGCAUCCUGGGCCUGUUGGACCUCCCUGGCGUGGAGGACCAGACGCAAUCGUCCCGCCCGCAGUUCAUUGCUGCUUACGUUCCCAAUGUCGACGCUGACGGGCAUCUGUACGGGCCCAAUAGCACGGAGACGCGGGGCACGAUAGCGAAGGUUGACUCCAUGCUUGCUAGUCUUCUUACAGGCCUCCAAGAUCGCAACUUGACUGAGAUCGUCAAUGUUGUGAUUGUUUCUGACCAUGGGAUGGCCAGUACUGCCACCGAAAGAUUGGUGCAGCUGGAAGACUUGAUUGACCUAAGCUUGGUCGCCCGCAUUGAUGGCUGGCCUUUGCGUGGGCUUCGCCCCAAGCAGCCGGAAGACCUUGCAGUUCUCCAGAAUCAGCUCGAGAGCGUGGCAUCCAACUUCUCUCAUGCGCUGGAAGUUUACACGCGGGAGAACAUGCCCAAACGAUACCAUUUCCAGAACAACGACCGGAUUGCACCUCUUUGGGUGAUUCCCAAGGCAGGUUGGGCAAUUGUCGAACGGCCGGAUUUCGAUGCUCAACAAGCCCUAGAAAAAGGAGAAGUCUAUCACCCAAAAGGAAUCCAUGGGUACGACCAUGAACACCCCUUAAUGCGGGCGAUCUUCAUAGCAAGAGGCCCUGCGUUCCCCCAUGAACCUAAUAGCCGAUUGGAAGUCUUCCAAAACAUCAAUGUCUACAACCUGAUCUGUGACUCCCUCGGGGUGACACCACACCCCAACAAUGGAACUCUUCGUCUCCCUCUGAGGCCGGUGGGUCUACAUUCUGACGAGGAUUCGCCGACCCUCGAGGAUCCUUCUGAUCCACCAUCAGUCAUGACCACCGUCGUCGAGCUCGUUAAGCCAUCGACGACACCAACCACGACCUCGUCCAUGAAAUUUGCCAGUCCCACGUCCUCAGCUGACAUGGCGGUUGAUACGCCACCGGAGACUAGCUCACAAAGCGAGGACGAAACGGGUCCGAACUGGUGGGGAACGUUGUGGGAGAAGAUAGAAGAGGCCAAGGACUGGGCGACUGAUGUGUUUGAAACUGUCAAAGAUAAUUUCGUGACGGGGUCGUCCUAG